AGGCUCCGGAGAGUCUGCGCUCAGAGACCGAGCCUGAUUUCAGCACCGCGCGCUGUCCACCGUCCUCCACCUCCACCUCCUCCACCCUUACUGACCCGCUGCCCAGGUAAAGAUGUCGCAGGUGAAGCAGGUGGGGCUGUUAGCUGCCGGCUGUCAGCCCUGGAAUAAAGAUGUGUGUGCAGCCAGCGGAGACAGAUUCGCUUACUGCGCUACACUCGCUAUUUACGUCUAUCAGCUGGAUCACAGAUAUAACGAGUUUAAGCUGAGGGCGAUCAUGUCUGAGCACAAGAAGACCAUCACGGCCAUUAGCUGGUGUCCACACAACCCCGAGGUGUUUGCCAGCGCCAGCGCAGAUAACCUGCUCAUCAUCUGGAACGUAGCCGAGCAGAAGGCCGUCGCUCGACUGGACAACACUAAAGGAAUCCCUGCCUCUAUAAGCUGGUGCUGGAACACUGGGGACAGUGUAGCGUUCGUCUCCCACCGCGGUCCUCUGUACGUCUGGGCGAUUUCAGGACCGGACUCCGGGGUUACGGUACACAAAGAGGCGCACAGCUUCCUGUCGGACAUCUGCCUGUUCCGCUGGCACCCAAUCAAAAAAGGCAAGGUUGUGUUCGGCCACACAGACGGGAGCCUGUCAGUGUUUCAGCCAGGCUCUAAGAAUCAGAAGCAUGUGUUGCGUCCGGAGUCUCUGGAGGGGACGGAUGAGGAGGACCCGGUCACUGCGCUGGAGUGGGACCCCCUCAGUACUGAUUAUUUGUUGGUAGCCAACAUGCACAACGGCAUCAGACUGCUGGACUCGGAGUCUCUCUCCUGCGUCACCACCUUCAGCUUACCCAGCGCCGCCGCCUCCGUACAGUGCCUGGCCUGGGUGCCCACCGCUCCGGGCAUGUUUAUUACAGGAGAUUCGCAGGUUGGUGUAUUAAGGGUAUGGAAUGUAUCGAGAGCGACUCCGCUGGACAAUUUCAAACUGAAGAAGACCGGCUUCCACGCUCUCCAUGUGUUAAACUCCCCACCAGCGAAGAAAGCUGUAAGCUCCAUUUCCCCGUCCAAGAACCACUACACCUCCUCAACCAGCGAGGCGGUACCUCCUCCCACCCUGUCCCAGAACCAGGCCUUCUCUCUGCCCCCGGGACACGCUGUCUGCUGCUUUAUGGACGGGGGGGUCGGCCUGUACGACAUGGGGGCCAAGAAAUGGGACUUUCUCAGAGAUCUGGGUCAUGUAGAAACUAUAUUCGACUGUAAAUUCAAGCCAGACGACCCGAACCUGCUCGCUACAGCUUCCUUUGAUGGGACGAUCAAGGUGUGGGAUAUCAACACCUUAACUGCAGUUUACACGUCUCCCGGCAACGAGGGCGUGGUCUACUCUCUCUCCUGGGCUCCUGGAGACCUGAACUGUAUAGCAGGAGCCACGUCCAGGAACGGGGCGUUCAUCUGGGACGUGAAAAAAGGGAAAAUGAUCACCAGAUUUAGUGAACAUGGGAAGAAUGGCAUCUUCUGCAUCGCCUGGAGCCACAAGGAUUCUAAAAGAAUAGCCACAUGUAGUGGAGAUGGGUUCUGUAUAAUUCGAACCAUAGACGGUAAAGUUCUGCAUAAAUACAAACACCCAGCCGCCGUGUUCGGAUGUGACUGGAGUCAGAAUAACAAGGAUAUGAUAGCGACUGGCUGUGAGGAUAAGAAUGUAAGAGUGUAUUAUUUGGCCACCAGUUCAGAUCAGCCCCUGAAGGUGUUCACGGGUCACACAGCCAAAGUGUUCCACGUCCGCUGGUCUCCUCUCAGAGAGGGCAUCCUCUGCAGCGGCUCAGAUGAUGGGACGGUGCGUAUUUGGGACUAUACCCAGGACACCUGUAUCAAUGUGCUGAGUGGACACACGGCUCCUGUUCGAGGGCUGAUGUGGAACUCUGAGGUGCCAUACCUGUUGACCUCAGGAAGCUGGGAUUACACCAUCCGAGUGUGGGACACCAGAGACGGCACCUGUCUAGACACUGUCUACGACCACGGAGCUGACGUCUACGGCCUGACCUGCCACCCCAGCCGCCCGUUCACCAUGGCCUCCUGCUCCAGAGACUCCACCGUCCGGCUCUGGUCCCUCACGCCCCUCAUCGCCCCCCUGCUGGUCAACAUCCUCACUGACCACAGCUGGGAUGAUAUCAUAGGAAACACUGAUCGGGCGAUGGUUCCUGGCGCUCCUCCUCUCCUCUGUGGAAAAGUAUCCAGGGACAUCAAGCAGGAGCUGGAUAAGCUCUCCAGCGACGUCCGGAUGAAGAAGCUGCGCUGGUUCUCCGAGUGCUUCUCGCCUCCGGGAGGGAGCCAUAACCUGUGGGAUCUGGUGGCUGUGAUUAACGGACAAGAUGACAGCCUGCUGCCUCAGAACUACGGCCAGGGCAUCAUGCACAUGAAGCACCUCGUCCGUUUCAAAACGUCUGAAGCUCAGGAGCUGACCAUAGUGAAGAUGUCGAAGUUUGGGGGAGGGAUCGGAGCUCCCAGUAAGGAGGAGAGACUGAAGGCAGCGGCUGAAAUCCACCUGAGAUUAGGCCAGAUCCAGAGAUACUGUGAGCUGAUGGUCGAACUAGGAGAGUGGGAAAAGGCGUUGUCUGUGGCUCCUGGAGUGUCCAUGAAAUAUUGGAAGAAGCUGAUGCAAAGGAGAGCAGAUCAGCUGAUGCAGGAGGGUAAUGAUGAUGUCAUCCCGUACUGCAUCGCGACUGGAGACGUGAAGAAGCUGGUGAAUUUCUUCACCUCCAGAGGUCAGCUGAAGGAGGCUCUGCUGGUGGCUCAGGGAGCACUUGAAGGCAACAUCCAUGGGCCUCAGAUUUCCUCAAUAAACCACUCAACCGCUCCAGACAACGACAACAUUGAGACGUAUACAGGGCUGUUGCACGGAGUGUGUAAAGAACUGGCGGAGUGGUAUUUCCAAGAUGGGCGUGCGGUUCUGGCCGCCUGUUGCCAUCUGGCUGUGGACAACACAGAGCUGGCGAUGGCGAGUCUGAUCCGGGGUAAUGAGCUGGAGCUGGCGGUGUGUGUGGGGACAGUUCUGGGAGAAUCGGCCGGUCAGGCCACUCACUACGUCCUGGAGCUGCUGGCCAGGAAGUACAUGACCACGACCACAUGGGAUCUUGCUGUCAGGCUGCUGCAGAUGAUUCCUGAUAAUGAGAUUCUUUUAGCCAAACUGUGUGCCUUCUACCCGGGCAGCUCCGCCGAAAUCAACGACCUGCACGAAAAGUGUGGGCUGCCGUGUUUGGAGGAGUGCAGAGAGCUGGCGGAAGCAGCACAGGACGAGGGGGAAAUCCUCCAGACAGUAAAGUAUUACCUGCUCAGCCCUGAACCAGAAAAAGCUCUGCCCAUCGGGAUCACAUUCGUCAAAGAGCAGCUGAGCUGUCCUGAUUGGACCGUAGACUCAGUCUACCCUAUCCUGGACCUCCUGAGCUACAUCAGGACUGACCGGCUCAUUCUGACCAAGUGCAGUGAGGCUCGUAAUGAGCUGCUGAUUCUCUGUGGGUAUAUUGGAGCUUUAUUGGCUAUUGGGCGACAGUACUCCAGCAUCGUGCCUGCGCUGUAUGAGUACACAAGUCAGUUGCUGAAGAGGAGGGAGGUGGCUGUUCCUCUGCAGAUUGAGCAGCUGUCGGUGGAGCUGGAAGCCUGGAGAGCCUGCACACACUCGCUUAACAAAGGAGCAGAGGAGACGCCUUACACUCCCCCGAUGGAGGUGCAGAAAGCUGAGUACAGCCGGCUCCUGAGCCGAAUGCGGGAGGAGCCUCUGAGGGGCCUGCAGGGGCCGGACUACGUCACAGGCUCCAGCCUGCCCAGCCACUCCGACGUACAGAUCUCCUGCUUUACUGGCCUCAGGAUACAGGGUCCGGUGUUCUUCCUGGAGGACGGCAAGUCAUCCAUUUCCCUCAACGAUGCCUUGAUGUGGGCCAAGGUGAACCCUUUCUCUCCGCUGGGGACGGGGAUACGCCUUAACCCCUUCUAAGCACACAAUCAUUUGCACACACACACUCUCUCACACACACACUCAUUCUCUCACACAAAAGAGGAGUGUAAGCAGUAUUCAGUCCGGUCGAAGGACAAGGACGGCAGCGGGAAAUGUGGGCGGGGCUACAGGCCUCGGCUCUGUGAGAGGAAGAGGAGGCCUGCGGGGACGUGAUGAGGAAGAGGAGGAGGAGGAGGACAUUAACUGUGAUUCAGAAGAUGCUUUUUUUGUGUGUGUAUCACACGGCGUGUACACACUGCUUAUUUAGCUUCACCAUAGAUCCAGGUGCAACAGGUGCCUCCAGGCCUGGAGUGGAAGUCUGGGAUUGGUGGAUCUGAUGUUGGAGAUGUUAUUUUUAUUUAUAUUUGUAUUUUUUUUAGGUUUGGUUGGGUUUUAUUGGUUUGUUUCAGUUCUGGAUUGUAUUUAUUGUAAAUUUUAACACACAUGGAACAGAUCUGGAGUUGAUUUUGGGGUUGGGUUUUUUCUGCACGUGUGCUCGCUUGCUUGCUGCUUUGGGAGGGUUUUUUUUUUGCUUUCUGUGGUUCUUAGAUGAUAAAAUCUUAUGUAUUAGUUUUUUUUUAUUGCUGCUUUUAGCGUUCAGCCGGCUAAGCUUUGGGUGUCUGUUCCGUGAUGAGCUGUAGACGCACAUUUAUUUAUUUAUUUAUUUAUUUAUAAAUGUAUUUAUUUAAGAGGAACCACAAAACAAGCUUUAAUAGAUUAAAAGGGGAAUUCCACAAGUUUUUCAAAAUGUGAUGAAUUUUAUUAAACAAUUUAUUUGGUCCCAUUUUAGAAAAAGUGUCUCUAAUAACUAGUGUGUAAGUCAAGUAGUCAAGAUCACUAUAGCUGAGUCUAAGUCAAGACCAAGACUUUUUAGUAGACGAGACCGAGAUCAGAUUAAGAUUUAAAAAUAGAAAUUGAAAUAUAUUAAAGUAUCUUCUCUUCUAAAACUUAAUCGAAUUCCAUUCAUUUUUAUUAAAUUGUAUUUUAUUUUAAUUUGCCCUCAACCAAAAUAAUUAUAGAAAGGAACAUUUUGAUUCACGACUAAGGUUAGCUAACUUGUUGCUAGCUUAGUUCUCUCCCCAGUAACAUUAGUGUGUUAGCUAGCUCCCCGCUAAGGUUAGCUAGCUCAUCACUAUGUUAGCAUUGUCACGUUAGUAUGGCAUCACAUCAAUGUCAAAAGUCAC